UUUCUCUCUCACAUCAUAUCAAUGGAGUCGACGACUUUCUUCUCGUUCCUCGCAUUUCUCUCUCUCCUCUUCUUCCUCAUCAAGAACAUGAUUCACAACACAAGGGUUCCGCCGGGCUCGUUAGGCAUUCCGAUCAUCGGCCAAAGCCUUGAGUUUCUGAAGGCGAUGAGGGCCGACAGAACAGAGGAGUGGCUGCAAGAAAGGGCCCGAAAAUACGGCCCGAUUUCGAAGCUCAACAUCUUCGGAACCAAGACGGUAUUCCUAACGGGCCAAGCGCACAACAAAUUCAUAUACAGCAGCGACGAGCAGACGCUAUCGAACAAGCAGCCGCCGUCGGUGAGGCGGCUCCUCGGCGAGAGGAAUCUGCUCGAAAUGAGCAGCGAAGAUCACCGGCGGAUGAGGGGAGCAAUCCUCUCAUUCUUGAAGCCCGAAGCCCUCAAACAGUAUGUGGGCAAAAUGGACCAAGAGAUCAGAUUGCACCUCGCGCACCAUUGGCAUCAUGAUCAUGAGAUUUCGGUGAUGCCGCUGAUGAAGACGCUGACGUUCGACAUGAUUUGCACGCUUCUGUUCGGGCUGGAGAGAGGAGAGAGAAGGGAGACGCUGGUGCAUCUCUUCCAGCACGUGAUCGACGGAAUGCUGACGGUGCCGAUUAAUCUACCCUUCACGCGCCUCAACAGAGCCAUACGCGCGAGGUCGGAGGCAGGAGCCAUCAUAAGGGCGCUCAUACGCGAGAAGAGAGAGAAACUAGAGAGAGAAGAAGGAACCCCAGACGAGCAAGACCUCAUCAUCAGCUUGCUGAGCAUGCGCGACGACGGAGGUCGUGGCUCGCCGCUCUUGUCCGAUGCGGAGAUCGAGGAUAACUGCGCAGUGGCGAUGAUUGCCGGUCACGACACCACGGCCACGCUUCUCACGUUCUUGAUCAAACUCAUAGCUGAGAACCCACAUGUUUACGAAGCACUCCUCAAUGAGCAAGAAGAGAUUGCGCGGGGGAAGAAGACAGCGAGUGAGGCUCUCACAUGGGAAGAUCUUGGUAAGAUGAAGUACACGUGGCGAAUUGCGACGGAGGCGUUGAGGAUGUAUCCGCCGGUGAUGUUUAGCUUUCGGCAAGUCCUUCGAGAUAUUCAGAUCGGAGGAUAUGUUAUCCCUAAAGGAUGGCAGGUGUUUUGGGCAGGCUGCAUGACGCAUUUGGAUGGAUCCAUAUACCCGGAUCCGCACAAAUUCGAUCCGUCACGAUAUGAAGAUCAAGCAGCAAUCCCACCUCAUUCGUUCGUAGCGUUUGGUGGAGGACCAAGGAUGUGUCCAGGGUAUGAAUUUUCAAGAAUCGAGACGUUAGCAAUGAUUCAUUACUUGGUGACUCGAUUCACGUGGAAGCUCUGUUUCAAAGAGAAUAAUUUUAGUAGAGAUCCGAUGCCGAUUUUCAAGCAAGGCUUACCCAUACACAUUCAGAUGAAGAAGCCUUUAUCAGAUGACGCAGUACUGUAAUAUAUGUUUGAAAUAUUGCAUAUUUAUCAACAAGCCUUUAAACGAUGCAAUGUAAUUUACUUUUAUUCGAGCAUUACAAUAACAAGACAGUAACACUCCACUUAUUUCUAUAAUCUAUACUAAUAGAAAAAGAGCCUA